UCAUUUAAUAACACAUUUUCUCCCAGGAACGUAAUGAAUACAUUAUGUUCUCGUUACAUGUAAUUGAUGACUCCCCAACACUGCCAAUCAGCUACGAGAUUUGAGGACAUUUGCUGUAGUUAGCCAAUAGUGUAGAGAGAGAGGCGGGGCUAGCUCAGUGGUACCGCCCACUUCCCCACCGUCUCUUUCCCUGCCAGCGAGCAGCCGUCACAGUCAGUCACAUUCUGAAGUAGAAUGGCGGCCGCUGUAUGUGGCCUCCAGUCCAUUGGCAGGACCAGCAACAACGGCAGUAAACCGGCCAAAGCACACCGAGAGCAGCGAAGGAAAGCCAGAGAUUCCAAAAGGAGACAGGCGGCCGUGUUGUUCCUCAGCAAUAUCUCACUCGACGGACGGCCUCAGUGUCAGUUGAACCCCGACAAUGCUGCUCGAAAAGCCGCCGUGGAGCCGCCAGGGUCCCCGCCUACACAGAGCCAAGGGCCGCUGUCUCGGGUGGCGGAGCCCGCGCCGCUGGCUGCUAGCUCUUCGUCCAGUUUCCCCGGAGUCUUCAGUCCUUCGGUCCUGUCUGCCGGGGCCAACGAGGUGUUUUUGGACGGCGGCGGUGUUGCCGAGACCCCGGACACCCCGCUGUCCAACUUGACCGGCGCUCAGCAGCCUUUUGUCUCGCGUGGUCGCGCAGACCCGGCAGUGAGCCCUCUGCCCGCCGCACAGUCUCUGGAUUCCCGACCCAGGUUGAGAAAUGUUUCCGGUUCUCCUGGACCCAAGGUGCCAAAGAAGGUCCACUUCAUCAAGAGUAUGAGGCAGUAUGAUACCAGGGGAUGCAGGAUCAUGCUGAUUUGUGCCAGGCGGUCGCUGUACGCUGCGUUCUCAGUGCUGCCCUAUGGAGAGAUUGCUCAGCUCAGUGACGCUAAGCUGGAGGCGCAGCGAAGGCAGUCCUCCGUGGCGGCGGCUGACCUGCUUCCUUCACUGGAGGGCGUGGAGAUGGGCGCGUGCGGCAAAACCGUGUCGUACGCUCAGUUCCUUUAUCCGACCAACGCCUUGGUGAGACAGAGAAGCGGCAGCGCGCCAGAAAGCUGCGCCGCUCAGACCCCUCUGACGCGUUUCCGCGGCAACGGGCCGAGGACCUUUACCCCUUCUCGCCUAAAUGGCACUGCGGCACAAGAACCAUAUAUGGAAGAGGUGGCAGAGUAUGACCCCAACCUGCUCAGUGACCCUCAGUGGCCCUGUGGGAGACACAAGAGGGUUCUGAUAUUUGCAUCUUAUGUGACGACAGUUAUCGAGUACGUCAAGCCAUCAGACUUGAAGAAGGACAUGAACGAGACCUUCAAGGAGAAGUUCCCUCACAUCCUGCUGACGCUCAGCAAGAUCAGAAGCCUGAAGAGGGAGAUGCGGGCGCUGAGCGAGGAGUGCGGCCUGCAACCGGUCACAAUAGCGAUGGCGUUCGUGUACUUUGAGAAGCUGGUGCUGCAGGGGCGCCUCAACAAGCCCAACAGGAAGCUGGUGGCGGCCGCUUGCGUGCUGCUGGCUGCCAAGAUCAGCAGCGACCUGAGGAAGCCCGAAGUCAAACAGCUCAUCGACAAACUGGAGGAGCGUUUCCGUAUAAACAGACGAGACUUGGUUCCUCUGGAGUUCCCCGUGCUGGUUGCCUUGGAGAUGGGACUCUACCUGCCCGAGAGCAAGGUCAUGCCGCAUUACCGACGGCUGGUGCAGCAGGCGUAGACUGCGGCGUGCCACGCACUAGUACGCCAUUACGACGACGACUAGUGCCACUUUUGGCCUCAUGGUACAUGGACCUGCAGCUGGAUAUCAGGAGCAUUUGUUCGAUAUCCGGCUUAUGUACCGCCUUUGUUCUCACUAGUACGUCAAUUCAGCGCACAAGUUAGAAUGACUGUCUUACUAGUAGUAACGUUUUUUCCUACUACUCCAUGGCAUUUCUGCACAUUUCUUCGUAGGAAGGACGGCGACAUGCGGUGAGGUUCAUGAUUGGUGAGGCACUGACUAGUCACAUGACAUCUGGAGCUCGAUGAAGCUCAAGUCAACACGGCCACAUGCUGGUUGUGGCACCGUACAUGCCAGACUCCACUGUGCACUUUUAGUGGCUUUUCUGGUCGAUAAGAAAGACGAAAGGUCACACUUUCAUGAAAUAUAUUAGUCUGUUAAACGUCAGUAAGUGCGUGAUAAAACGUAUAUUAUUGGCGAUGUAAUGAGGAAACACCAAUGUCUCUUGUGUGAAGCCACGGACCAAUCACAGCCUGUCUGAAUGGAUGUGCGCGUGGUCUCUUGAAGCAUCGUGGGAGCGGUGACUCAACGUGACUCGGAGCUGCGCUUCCUAAGCAUUUGAACAGGAAACAGCAAAAUUCCGCCGUUUGAAUGAGGACAUUGGAUUGAAAAAGAAAAUCGAUGUAAAGCACGGACCAUAGAACUAAAAUGGAGCAAUUUAAUGUCCUCAUAAGGUUUUAUUUACUAUUCACAUGCAGUGGAAAGGAAAGACCACCAGGGGACAGUGAGGCUCCUCCUCACUUGCCUACCCUGACUGCACGUCACUGUUGUAGGACCGCUUUGGCAUACUAGUGGGACAACUACAUUACAAUUUAGGUAAAACUGUACGCUAGUUGACAUCUCUGUGCUACUAGUACUAUGAAAUUCUACUUAACAUUUAGCACUUCUAGGGCGGCACGGUGGGCGACGGGUUAGAGCGUCAGCCUCACAGUUCUGAGGACCGGGGUUCAAACUAGAAUAUUAUAAAGUGACUAUCAGAAUGCUUACUAUAUAUAUAUAUAUAUAUAUAUACACACACACACGAUGACUACUAGUGGUUAUCAAGGAUAAUGGCUUUCCACAUUUGUGGAUGUUGCACCGUGACGGUUCAGCUUUUUUUUUUUUUUUUUUUUAAGAUCUCUCUUAAAGGCACUGUGACACUGAUGCAGUUUGAACCCUUUGACUAAACACUGAAUGCACAUUAUUUUAUGGCAGCUCUGUGUAAUGUUGAUUACUGUGUGUACGGUAUUUCGUGUAUGUUGUGCACAAUGCGUCUGUGUGUAUCGCAGGCACGUUUGAUUUCUCAGGAAUUUUGCUUUGUGACAUGUUUAGCUGUCAUGUCAAAGCAAAGCAGUGUGAUGGCGUUAAAUGUGAACGUGCAAACAAAGUGCCUACAACUCCCGUGGAAAGAAUUGUGUUAACUGUUGUGUUGUGGAUGAUGUUUCAGUCCAAAGAACUUUUCGUUUUGCGAAAUCACCCUCAAAUAUGUCUCAACUGCUGAAAAAUGUUGCUGAAUGUUGGUGGAAAACUGGUCAAAUAAAUCAAAUGUUUUGUAUUGUG